AUGGAACCGACCGUCUGGAUCUCAAAAAUAAAGAAGAGAUUUGUUAGUUUGGAACUUAUUCCAAGUCAACAAAUCCAUUCGUUCAAUUCGAAUCCCUAUUUUAUGAUUCUAGCUUCAAUUUGUCAGGUUCAAAGAUCAAAAAUAAAUUGUUAAGCCUAAUUUUUCCACAAAUUUCAGAUUGCUUGGUAUAUCUAUGUGAUUAAAGCGUGGAUUGAUUACGAAUCGGUCCAGCCCUCACAAAAUCACGAAUGGGCUUUUCUCAUUUGCUGCAACAUACGAAUCAUUCUUGCUCAUUUAUUAAUUGCGAUUCCAUUUGAAAUAAUUCAUGGAACAUUGCUCAUGUCAAUUGUCUAUGCUUUGAUAACAAGUUAUCCGCAUAUAAUUGGUACAAUAAUAGUUGGAAAUUAUCGAUAUAUAGACACAGAACCGUCAACGUUUGGAUUAAUUGGAUUAUUUAUAGCAAAUCAGGCUAGAGUGAGAAGUUUUCAAUUAAUUAUUGAUUGAUUUUAAAAAUUAAAUAUUUUAGAAUUGGCAACAUCUUCCUUUCAAAAUUCCACGAGUUCUUCUAACUGUGCUAUUAAUUCUACCAGGUCUCAUCUUUCAAAUAAUUAAAUUCAUUGUAUAUAAAGCGAUUCGACCAUUCAUGUUCUAUUGGACAUGCGAAAUUGGUGGAAUUUUGAUCGGAUUUUUGUUGGGCUACAAUUGGAUUUAUCGGAAUAGAGUUAGUCUAAUUGACAAAUUGAGAAAAAAAAUACUUUGUAUUUUUAGAGUGACGAUAAAGUUGAGACAAAAUGGAGAAAUUGUGGGAUUAUUUUGACGAUUUUGGUUUUUUAUAUGAUUUUGGCGGAAUUUUCCGGACUUCAUAUAACCUGGGAAGAAUUUUAUCGUCACCAAUGA